AGAGAGAGUGUAAUCCAUGGUAAUCCCACAUCCAGAGAGCGAGACUCGGAUAGGGAUUGGUCACUAAACAGAGACAGAAAGAGUUGAAGGACAGCAAUAGUCUCCGAAGGCACCACAAUCUUUCGCUUUAUGGCUGCCUGCCUGGGCCAUGAACAGUGUUUGUCAGGCAUACAUCUCCAUGGAGACGGACUCCCAAGGAUAGGGGAGGGCUUUCGAGGGAAAGGAGACCCUCACCUUGAUGGUGUAGCAAGUUAAGAGAGAGGAUGAAGAAGAAAGGUCACCUGUGGAGGAAUAAGUGAAGCUGAUUGAAGAAGAAGAAGAAGAAGAAGAAGAAGAAGAAGAAGAAGAAAGAGGUGGAUCAAAGUUAUUUCCUCAGGAUGGGCUAUGAUCUGGAGCGGUUUGUGGGCUAUGUGAACGAAGGUCUUCUGUGCUGUGUGUGUCGAGACGUGUUGGAGCGCCCCCUCCAGGCGCCCUGCGAACAUGCCUACUGCAGCUCCUGCAUCAGCAGCUGGCUGGUCCAUCACCACUCGUGUCCGGAGGACAGACUUCCACUGGACGUGAGCAGUCUAAAACCUCUGUACCGGUACAUGCGUAACGACCUGAACCGCCUGCAGAUACGUUGUGUAAAUGUAGGGCAGGGUUGUGAGGUGGUCUGCUCCCUGGAGAGCCUGCACACCCAUGAGGAUGAGUGUGAGUUUGCCUUCAUCUCCUGCUCUAACACAGGCUGUUCUUUGCAGGUGGAGAGGCGGGGUUUGGAGGCUCACCUGUCCGAAUGUAACUUCCGCAGCAGGGAGUGUCCAUACGGCUGUGGCCACACCCUCCUCUCCAUUGACCAAUCACAGCAUAACUGCGUAGCAGAGCUGCGCACAGAAGUGGAGAUGCUCAGGGCAGAGAUGCUGUGCAAGGUGGAGGAGGUCAGGCGGGAGAUGGAGUCUCGGUUGGACUCUCAGAGGAGACACAUGGUGCAGAAAGAGUCGCAGCUGAAGAAUGACGUGGAGGAGCUUAAGGUCCAGCUGUCCUGCGUGAUGUGUGACAUGCGAGCCUUGCUGGGAGCGGAGCGCCUGAGAAGACAGGAGCUGGCAGAGGCGGAGCUGGAGAAGAGGGAACUGUUGGAGCUCCUCAGAGACAUGCAGCCAACCAGGAGCCAGCAUCCAGUUGAAGAUGCAUCCAGGGAGCAGCAUCCGGGAGCCCAGCACACAGAGCCAACCAGACCCAAGCAGCGGGAGGCGUCUUUACAGGCCUCCAGUCUGUCACUGCAUUCAGCUCAAGUCGUUAAUGUGUCUGGUCCACCUCCAUCACCUCAGCUGGGAGAGGGGACACGCAAGGGUGGGACCAGGAGCCUGACUCUGGACUGCAUCAAGAGGAAGAGCCGGGAGGUGACAGUCAUCUGAGUAGACUAGAUCAGUGAAAGAUUAGGCACAUUAGAAAAGGUUGAAUCUUCCUUUUUUUGUAAUAUUUUGCAGUUUAAAAAUGAAAAUUGAGUUUUCUUUUAUCUGAUCAGUGUGCAAAUUUAUUAUUUCAUUUUGAAAAAGUCCGCUGUGGAAAUAACCAGGUUUGGUUUGAAAUGUCUUGAUUUGCACCAAUAGAUCA